AUAUUACAUGAAUUGCAGUUUUAAGGAGGAGUAUAUUAACACAAACGUUUUCCUUUGCUAUUAUUUGUACUCUCAAUUUCUGUUAUAGCACAACAACAGAGUGUCCUUUAUAUUAAUUCCACUGUCGUUAAUGCAGAGUAUUGACUAUAAUUCCUCUGCGAUUUAUAUAAUCCAGUAAAGAAAAUUAGAUGGCCGCGUCAUCGACUUUUACUCAAAUAUGGUCUGGUGUUAAUGUUGAUUAUGAUGAUAACAAAAUUGUCGGGUCUACCCAAAAAGUCAUCCAACAUCAUCCACCGACAACUCCUCUUAAGACUAAUAAAAAUAAUUACAAAUGGCAAAUCGUAUGGCGAAAUGUGAUUGCAUUUAUUAUUUUGCAUAUAGGAGCAGUUUAUGGACUUUAUUUAGCUAUUGCCGGUUAUUUAUACGCAAAAACAAUUGUAUUUGGUUAUUUAGUUGUUUCGUGUAGUGCGUUGGGUAUAACUGUGGGAGCACAUAGACUUUGGUCACACCGAUGUUUUAACGCCCGUUUGCCUUUGCGUAUACUUUUAGCAACUUUUCAGACUCUUGCAUUCCAAAAUCACAUCUAUGAAUGGGUACGUGAUCAUCGAGUACAUCAUAAGUUUACGGACACAGAUGCUGACCCACAUAAUUCAGUCAGAGGUUUCUUUUUUUCGCACAUGGGAUGGCUUUUGGUUCGAAAGCAUAGAGACGUAUUUAACAAAGGAAAAACGGUUGAUAUGCAAGAUUUAGAAAGCGAUCCUGUCGUGAUGUGGCAAAAAAAAUACUACUUAUUGCUAGUGCCAAUUGUGGCAUUUAUAUUACCUUCCUUGGUGCCAUAUUUGUUAUGGAAUGAACGAUUUUGGUACGCUUUCUUAUAUGUCGGUUUGGCACGUUAUAUGUUAUCGUUACAUGUUACAUGGCUCGUCAAUAGCGCUGCACAUAUUUGGGGAACUAAACCAUAUGAUAAGAAUAUAUCGCCAACGGAGAAUAAAACUGUAGCAUUUUUGGCUUUUGGAGAAGGAUGGCAUAACUAUCAUCAUACCUUUCCAUGGGACUACAAAGCUGCUGAAUUGGGAAACUACAGACUUAACUUCAGUACAGGAUUUAUUGACAUCUGUGCUUGGCUUGGAUUGGCUUACAACUUGAAGACAGCAAAUGCGUCAUUAGUGAAUAAACGUUCACAAAGAACUGGUGAGAGCUCAAAUAAAGAAAAAAGUGUUGAAGUAUGGGGUUGGGGAGAUACAGAUAUGACUGAAUCUGACAAAAAAAUAGCUGAAAUAAGUAAAGUAAAGUAAUCAAUGUACUUAUAUUUGAAGAAAAGAUUAUAGAUAUAAACAAAUUUUAUGAGACACCUAUUAAUCUCAUAAAAUUUUAACAUCCAAUAUUUUUAUGAAUUUUUAACUAUCAUUAUUAAAAUGUUUAAUUAUAUUGAGGACUGAUUAUAAAUUUUUUUAUUUAUAUAACUUUUAACUUUAAGUAUUUGUAAAAAUAAAUGGUUAUAUUUAAUGAA